CGAGACUGCGAAGAUCCAUACCGUACAGUUGUUCAACAGUACCGUGCUGCAUCCUUCCACAAAACCAAUCGUGUUUCGGCGCACCACCAGCACCAGCAGCAGCCGCCGGGUGGCGCUUUCUCCACGAACCAGAACCGAGAUGGAGGCCCUCCCACCGGCAAAKCGUUCGGUCGGGAAGAAGCCCACAAAACACGUGAUGUGCUUCCGGCUCGUCGCCAUGGCAUCGAUCGUUUCGCUCCGGACCGCCCUCGGCUUUGUCGUGGUGCCCCCGCCCAGAGCGAGCCCUUCCCAGAGGCCAAAGGGGGCCCGGGCCCUCCCCGAACCGGCCCUUGUCGCAGGGGGGCGAAGAAGCCUCGCGGGCCCACCGAAGGUGCCGGUUUCUCCGUCGCUCCUGCRCUACCAGUACGAGAACGGCGCCGACCGGGAGGCCUUYGGGGCAAGGGAGCCGGGCAAAGACGAGGCGCCACCGUCUCCGAGCGGCUCCGCCUCYUUUGUCGUUCCGAGCAAGGACGGCGGCACCCGGCACAAAAGCAACGAGGAAACGGAAGUAGGCGGCACCGGGGACACGGGUGCUCCCACCGGCGCAGAGCCCGCAGCGGAACCCCUGGCCACCCAUAUAUCGGACGCCAUCAAGGAAGUCCUGACGGCUCCCGUCCUUCCGGUGGAAGACAAAACACUCGAUCCGAACCACCAGCAUCCGCAACAGCAGCCGCAACAGCAGCCGCAACAGCAACAGCAACAGCAACACCUGAUCCUUCCGGCGAGCACCGUGAACCCGAAGCACCUCGGUAGCCACCGUUCCGAGAGGACCGCCCCGGCCGAGUGGAAGGCGGGCCACGGCGAGAGCGAUCCCAGGGGCUACCCCAAGACCGCGGCGGUCGGCAGCCCCGACACAARGGCAAGGCGGGGGAUCGAUUUCCGGAAGCAGUGGCGCAAGCUGCGCCCGAGCCAGAAGUUCCGCUUCCGCCUGGGAGUGGCGGCGGUGGCCCUCGCCUCCCUCUGGAACCCCMUCGUGGUGCGGGGCGGCAGCGGGGGCCUUGUCGGGGGRAUUCUCACGGGCGCCGCCGCGACCACCACCGCGACGGGCCUCGGGAGCGUCCUGGGCCGGUGGAUCUCCCUGCGCGGCUUCCAGGGGAUCGCCGCCCUCGGCCGAUCCGUGGCCUACGGCUGGGCGAUCCUCGUGGCCUACCCCCGGAUGCUCGACCGCCGGGCCAAGGAGCGCCGCCUGAAGCGCGAGGAGGAGGCACUGGCGCAGUGGAGGCAGCUCCUCAGGGGGAUCUCCGGCGAGGUGGUCCGGCUCAAGCAGGAGCUAUCCCUGCUGGAGGGAGAGAUCCGGAGCUUUCGGAGGGAAAUCCUUUCCAUCCGCGCGGCCCGCAUCGUGAGCGACGGCCGCCCGGGGACGACGACGACGACGACGACGGCGUUGAACAACAACAGCAGCAGCAGCGCGCUGCCGGCCGAGCACCACGAGGCCGGCGGCCGYCUUUCGGUCCGCAACGAGUCGGACCGGGUGCUGCGCGAGGCCAUCGUCCACGAGAUGAACCACCUCACGCGCCUGCGGGACGACACCCGGCUGGCCCUCACCACGGCGCGGCAGCGGUGGUCGGAGGUCCGGGCCAAGCGGCCGAUCGGCCACUCCGGCGGCAAGCACCUUUCGUCCGCCUUUGACCCGCUCGAGCACGAGUUCGACGCCGAAACGGCCUCCGGUCCGGACUACCGGUUCGAACGCCGCGACCACUUCCGGGACGACGACCUCCUCCUGAGGGGCCUCUGAGACCGGCCGUUUCCCCCGUGGUUGGGUGGUUGGUCCGUCCUUGCGGUGCGGUGGAUCGACCGCGCCGGGUGGGGGAAAACCCCUGUAGAAGUUUGUAACUAGUAGUAGAGUAGAAUAAUGCAUGCCGUACAAUACAAUACAAUACAAUAC